UUUUGAUCAGUCCCGUAUCGCACUUCUAUAGACCUCAUAUUCUCAGCUAGCAAAGGAGGAAACCAAAAGCAACAAUGCCUGCGACCGCCAUGUCAGCCGUAGCGAGGAUCGGACGAUCGACCAACCACCUCCGACAAGCUCAGCGCGGGUUGGCCACUCUGCACAAGAGCAGCAAGUAUGAGACGGGCAGUGACAAGGCUCCUACUGCCGUUGUCAUGAUGAACAUGGGAGGACCUGCCACCAUCCCCGAAGUCCACAGCUUCCUCUCCCGGCUCUUUCACGACCACGACCUCAUCCCCCUCCCCUUCCAAUCAUACCUUGCCCCCACCAUCGCCCGCCGAAGGACACCCAAGAUCGAGGCCCAGUACACGGCCAUCGGAGGCGGUUCCCCCAUCCUCCGAUGGACCCGAACUCAGGGAGCCGAGAUGUGUAAACUCUUGGACGAGCUCAACCCAGAGUCGGCCCCUCAUAAGCCGUACGUCAUGUUCCGUUAUGCGGAACCUCUGACGGAGACUUGUCUCGAGGAGAUGAGGCGGGACGGGGUGAAGCGUGCUAUCGCGUUCAGUCAAUAUCCUCAGUAUUCUUGUUCGACGACGGGGAGCAGCUUGAACGAGUUGAUGCGGGUCGCUACGAUCAAGGGGAAGACCCCGAAAGAGGGUGACAGCGAGGACAAGUUGAUCAAGGGAGGUCUUGGGUGGGGUGGGAAUGGAGAGGUCGAGUGGAGCGUCUUGGAUCGAUGGCCGACUCAUCCGGGGUUGGUCGAGGCGGUCGCUACGAACGUGAAGACCGCGUUGGAACAGUUCCCGGUGGAAGAGAGGAAGGAUGCUGUCAUCCUCUUUUCGGCGCAUUCGUUGCCGCUCUCGGUUGUCAACCGAGGCGACCCUUACAUCUCUGAAGUCGCCGCGACCGUGCACGCCGUCAUGACCCAGCUCGGAUUCACGAACCCUUACCGUCUGACGUGGCAGUCCCAAGUCGGACCUUCCGCUUGGCAAGGUCCCCAGACUUCGGAUUCGAUCAAGGGACUGGCCAAGCUGGGCAAGAAGAACGUCCUGUUGGUCCCGAUCGCUUUUACUAGUGAUCAUAUCGAGACGCUUUAUGAGCUGGACAUCGAGGUCAAGGAGGAGGCCGACGAGCUCGGAAUCAACCUAAAACGUGCGGAAUCCCUGAACGACUCUCCCAUCUUCAUCCGUGCCCUCGCGGACAUGGUCUCGAACCAUCUGAAGGAACAGGCCGAGGGCAAGGUCGGACCGACGAGCAUACAGAUGGGGUUGAGGUGUCCUGGCUGCACGAACCCUCGGUGUGGACAGGCGAAAGAGUUUUUCAGCAAGGGUGGGAAUGCGCAGGCGAUGGUCCAGCAGUGAAGCGGGAAUGAUGAGCGAGGUGUAAGAUGAUAGAAUGUCACGAUAUGAUCAACUGUAGCGAUCGGAUGGAAUUCUCGAUUGGCCGAUCCGAGGUCCGAGCAUUUCGAUCGUUGCAAGACUCUCGUAGCUUCAGAACCUGUAUACGAGUCGACCGAGGCCGCAAGCAUUCGUGGUAUUCAAGCAUUG